AUGUCGCACAACAAGAUCCCGCCGCGGUGGCUGCACUGCCCGCGCCGAGGCCAGCCCGUGGCAGGGAAAUUCUUACCUCUGAAGACCAUGUUAGGACCAAGAUAUGAUAGUCAAGUUGCUGAAGAGAAUCGGUUCCAUCCUAGUAUGCUUUCCAACUAUCUGAAGAGCCUAAAGGUUAAAAUGGGACUGUUGGUAGAUUUGACAAAUACUACAAGGUUUUAUGACAGAAAUGAUAUUGAAAAAGAAGGGAUCAAGUAUAUAAAGCUUCAGUGUAAAGGCCAUGGGGAAUGCCCUACAGCUGAGAACACAGAUACAUUCAUCCGUCUAUGUGAACGUUUUAAUGAAAAGAAUCCUCCUGAACUUAUAGGUGUUCAUUGUACUCAUGGUUUCAAUAGAACUGGUUUCCUCAUAUGUGCCUUCUUGGUUGAGAAGAUGGAUUGGAGUAUUGAAGCAGCAGUUGCUACUUUUGCCCAAGCCAGGCCACCAGGAAUCUAUAAAGGUGAUUAUUUGAAAGAACUUUUUCGACGUUAUGGGGAUGUAGAAGAAGCACCUCCCCCACCUUUAUUACCAGAGUGGUGUUUUGAAGAAGAAGAGGAGGAGGAUGAGGAAGAGGAGGGAAAAAAGGAAUCAGAGCCUGGAUCAAGUACUUCCUUUGUUAAAAGAAGAAAAGAACGUUUAAAACUGGGUGCUAUUUUCUUGGAAGGCGUGACAGUUAAAGGUGUAACACAAGUAACAACUCAACCAAAGUUAGGAGAAAUACAGCAAAAGUGUCAUCAUUUCUGUGGCUGGGAAGGUUCUGGAUUCCCUGGAGCACAGCCAGUUUCCAUGGACAAGCAAAAUAUUAAAUUUCUAGAGCAGAAUCCAUAUAAAGUAAGCUGGAAAGCAGAUGGUACUCGAUACAUGAUGUUGAUUGAUGGCACAAAUGAAGUUUUUAUGAUAGAUAGAGACAAUUCAGUUUUUCAUGUGUCAAAUUUGGAAUUCCCAUUCCGUAAGGAUCUUCGCAUUCAUUUGUCAAAUACACUUUUGGAUGGAGAAAUGAUUGUUGACAAAGUAAAUGGACAGGUCGUUCCUCGGUACUUGAUAUACGACAUAAUUAAAUUUAAUGGACAACCAGUUGGAAAUUGUGAUUUCAAUACUCGAUUGCAGUGUAUUGAGAAAGAAAUAAUAAGCCCUCGGCAUGAAAAAAUGAAGAGUGGUCUCAUUGACAAAACACAGGAACCCUUUAGUGUUAGGAACAAGCCAUUUUUUGACAUCUCUACUUCAAGAAAGCUUCUUGAAGGAAGUUUUGCUAGAGAAGUCAGUCAUGAAGUAGAUGGACUCAUUUUUCAGCCUACCGGAAAAUACAAACCUGGCCGGUGUGAUGAUAUUUUGAAAUGGAAACCUCCAAGUCUGAAUUCUGUAGAUUUUCGCCUAAAAAUAACCAGAAUGGGAGGAGAAGGGCUGCUUCCCCAGAAUGUUGGCCUUCUUUAUGUUGGAGGUUAUGAAAGACCAUUUGCACAAAUUAAGGUGACAAAAGAAUUAAAACAAUAUGACAAUAAAAUUAUAGAAUGCAAAUUUGAGAACAACAGUUGGGUCUUCAUGAGACAGAGAACAGACAAAAGCUUUCCAAAUGCUUAUAACACUGCCAUGGCUGUAUGUAACAGCAUCUCCAACCCAGUCACCAAGGAAAUCCUCUUUGAGUUCAUUGACAGAUGUAUGACCGCUUCUCAAGGACAAGCACGCAAGCAUCAUCUGGACCCAGACACAGAGCUCAUGCCUCCUCCACCUCCCAAAAAACCACGUCCUGGCAUCUAAUUUCAGUGUUUAGAAAGAAAUAAGUGGGAAAAGCCUGAUAUAACUUUACAACUUUGUGGCCAGAGGAACUAAAAACAAUGGUGGGUUAUACAUUUGAGAAGAGGGAGGAAGA